CCCCUUGUUCCUUCUCUGCCUCUUCGUAUUCAGCUCGAACUACGAUCACUCCACAAAUCCACAUUUCCAAUCGCUCUCUUUCUUUAGGAUCAACAAUGGCGUAUCUUCGGCAAAUCUCCGGUGCUAGAGCUAACGAACGCCCCUCGCCUGCGGUUUUACUCGGAGGAUCCGCGGCGGCGUCGUCGUUUUGGAAUGGAUACGGCCGUCUCUUCGACGGAAGGGGGAUUUCUUUCAUCGGUUCCAGAGAUAAAGCCGGAAUCAGCAGAGGAAGAGUUAUUCUUCGAGUUUCUGCAAUGUCUUCUUCUUUUUCAUCUUCGUUCAAGAUGAAUUUAAACGAGUAUAUGGUCACGCUUGAGAAGCCCCUCGGGAUUCGCUUCGCCUUGUCGGCCGAUGGCAAGAUUUUCGUCCACGCCAUUAAAAAAGGGAGUAAUGCGGAGAAGUCGAGGAUAAUCAUGGUAGGAGAUACGUUAAAGAAGGCGGGCGAUUCUUCUAGUGGCAGUCUUAUCGAAAUCAAGGAUUUUGGUGAUACCAAGAAGAUGCUGGCAGAGGAAACAGGAGCGUUUGGCCUUGUUCUUGAAAGACCAUUCUCUCCAUUUCCAAUUCAGUACCUGCUUCAUUUGAGCGACCUUGAUAUGAUGUAUAAUAGAGGGCGUCUACCCGUAGUCACUUGGAACAAGAAACUUCUGGCUUCGAAUUUGGCAGCAACCGAUAGCUGUGGAAAUUCUGGCUUUGUGGCAUUCUCUUCGAAGUUCUUGACUUCCCAAGGAUGGAAAUUUCUGUGCCGACAAAAUAGUUCCAUUCAACCUGAGGCCCAGAAGAACCUUCUUUCUCCACCCAUCAGUCCACUUGUCUGCAUCUUUUCUGAGGAAAUGUCUGGGGAUGGGGAAUGGGGUUAUGGAAAUUUCCCUGUAGAGGAAUAUAUCAAAGCUCUAGACCGUUCUAAAGGAGAGCUUUACUAUAACCAUGCUCUUGGAAUGCGCUACAGUAAGAUUACGGAGCAAAUAUAUGUUGGCUCUUGUAUACAAUCAGAAGAUGAUGUAGAAACCUUGUCAGAUGCGGGAAUUUCUGCUGUACUAAACUUCCAAGGUGGAACCGAAGCUCAAAAUUGGGGAAUUGUUCCUCAAAAUAUCAAUGACGCAUGCCAGAGGUCUGAAAUCUUAGUGAUCAAUUAUCCUAUAAGGGAUGCAGAUUCCUUUGAUCUGAGGAAGAAGCUGCCAUUUUGUGUUGGCCUCCUACUACGCUUGCUAAAAAAGAACUAUCGCGUUUUUGUGACUUGUACCACUGGUUUUGAUCGAUCACCGGCUUGUGUGAUUGCCUAUCUGCACUGGAUGACUGAUACUUCUCUUCAUACCGCUUAUAGUUUUGUCACUGGAUUGCAUGCUUGUAAACCUGACAGACCUGCAAUUGCUUGGGCAACUUGGGAUCUUAUUGCAAUGGUGGAAGACCACAGACAUGAUGGACCUCCAACACAUGCUGUAACAUUUGUGUGGAAUGGACAUGAGGGAGAAGAUGUGUUGUUAGUCGGAGAUUUUACGGGAAAUUGGAAAGAACCAAUAAAAGCAACUCACAAGGGUGGUCCACGAUACGAAACUGAAGUUAGACUGCCACAGGGAAAUGGCAGAUACUACUACAAGUACAUAAUAAACGGUAAUUGGAGGCAUUCAACGGCUUCACCAACGGAAAGGGACGAACGAGGGAAUACAAACAAUGUAAUCGUGGUUGGCGAUAUUGCUAGCGUCAGGCCUUCUAUUCAACCUCCCAAGAAGGAUGCGAAUGUCAUCAAGGUGAUCGAGAGGCCCCUGACUGAGAACGAAAGGUUCAUGCUGGCCAAAGCAGCUCGCUGCAUCGCUUUCUCAGUCUGUCCAAUCAGAUUAUGCCCAAAGUAGAAAGUAUACACAGCAUGGCCUCUCUAUCCCAUCGUCUUUCACAGGUACGGUUAUAUCUUCUGUUUUACCGCAAAUAUGAAAUAAUAAUAAUAAUAAUAAUAACGAAUAGAUAGCAACAUUCCACGUAAUAAAGAUGAAUCCUUGUCACUGACUCUUUUACACCUCAUGCGAUCGUCCGUCUAAUCACACGUGUCCUUGUUUUGACAUGAUUUUCCAAGAUUGAUAGUUGGUGUAAGAACGAAAUUUAUAUUGUCUCAGUUCAGGUAAAAUUAUCCAAAGACCCCUCUUGUCUGUGUGCAAAUGACGAGGAUUGUUAAAUUUAUACGCACUGGUCUGAUAGACAAAUAAAUAAGACCAUCUUCUUCGGGGGGUGGUUUGAUCAGAUUGGGUCUGAGUAGGGCCAUAAGCCCAAUAUUGGAGUAUGAACAGGGCCCAUCCCUACAUCGGCUUGGGCUUGUUGGAGGGAACGGCCUGGUUGGAAGUCCGUAUGUAUUUUCCAUAGAAGUGUAUCAUCACAUGGAAGAGGGCCUCUUCACUAUGGGUUGUUUGUUCAUCUCAGGUCCCCGUAUCAUAUCGGAUAUAUCCGCAGUUCUGUAAGAUACGUUUUUCUUAUCUCAUGGUCAUGGCCAGGGGUCAGAUGACUCAGUAAUUUUGUAUCA